CAUGCCUGUCUGCGCCUCCUAGAAGCUGGUACUGCAGUGAUUCAUGCGUCUGUCCAUUCCGUAGACCUUCACCGACACCCUCGCCCGCCUCUAGCAUCGCACAGCGCCGCUACGUCACGCCUCGAGUCCCCCGCCGUCACACGACCGGCUUCCCUUCUGCCGCAGCCACACCUCCAUCUGCGCUGCCACGCUUUCCCCGUCUUGGUCUCCCCGUCAUCAACGACAUAUAUUAUCCCAAAACCAUGCCCAAAGACAGCGACGUCCCCCAGCCCGGGCCAGCGCGCCUCGCCAAAGGUGCUGGGCCCGACGAGUGGUUGGAGCAGGCAAAGCAGUGCAAGUACCUGCCCGAGGCCGACAUGAAGCGGCUGUGUGAGAUCGUGAAGGAGUGUCUUAUGGAGGAGUCGAACAUUCAGCCCGUCCGAACACCAGUCACAGUGUGCGGAGACAUUCACGGCCAGUUCUACGAUCUCCUUGAGCUCUUCCGUGUCGCUGGGGGCAUGCCCAACGACACCCCGCAAGCUCCAGAAGCGCCUCCAGUCACUCUGCCCAGCAAAAUUAACCCCGCCGAUCUUGAGCCCCCCACAAGUAUAACAGAUCCCAAGGUCAAGCGCAAGAUGAAACGGAGAUUCCAGCGCGAUCCAAACUAUAUUGGGCCAGCCAGUCCCCCCGGCGGCGACGGCGAGGACGUCGACGGAGACGACGAAGAGGAGGAAACGCGGGGCCGCAGUAGGAGUGUCCAUGAUAGGCGGAGUACGGGAUCCAUCUCAGACGCCGGCUCGACACGCAACACAGUGGUGGGCAACGGCCAGCAGAACUUUGUCUUCCUCGGUGACUUUGUCGACCGUGGAUACUUCAGUCUGGAGACGUUUACUCUGUUGAUGUGCUUGAAGGCAAAAUUCCCCGACCGAGUGACAUUAGUGCGCGGAAACCACGAAUCGAGACAGAUCACCCAGGUGUACGGCUUCUACGAGGAGUGCCAGACAAAGUACGGAAACGCGUCGGUGUGGAAGGCGUGUUGCCAGGUCUUCGACUUCCUCGCCCUCGCAGCCAUCGUUGACGGCAAGGUCCUCUGCGUCCACGGAGGUCUCUCGCCCGAGAUUCGCACAUUGGACCAGAUUCGCGUUGUAGCGCGCGCCCAAGAGAUCCCGCACGAGGGCGCUUUCUGUGACCUGGUCUGGAGUGAUCCCGAAGACGUCGACACAUGGGCGGUGUCGCCCAGAGGCGCGGGGUGGCUGUUUGGAGACAAAGUGUCGUCCGAGUUCAACCACGUCAAUGGCCUGCAGCUUAUCGCACGAGCGCACCAGCUUGUCAAUGAGGGUUACAAAUACCACUUCAAAGACAAGGACGUCGUCACUGUAUGGUCGGCACCCAACUACUGCUACCGCUGCGGCAACGUCGCUUCCAUCAUGAACCUCGGCGAAGACCUCAAGCAAGAGUUCCAGAUCUUCAGUGCCGUACCCGAUCAUCGCCGUGCAGUACCGGCUGGACGCGGUGGAAGAGGAGAGUACUUCUUGUAGCGGAGUCAUGGUGGACGCGGUGCGAUAUAGCGAUUCGGAUGUGACAAGCAUGAUCAUGGCAUUUCUACGAUGUGAAGAGACGAAUACCCAGGACGAGACGGAAUGGAAUGAUUGACGAGAGCUAUUGCAUGACAGCGCCUGUAUAGUGAUGCGUUUUAGGUAGCUCGACUGUACGAUACGAAACGAAUACGUUG